AUGUCAGCCAUAAUAUCAAAAGCAACAGGUUUGCUCAAUUCAGUAGUAUCAAAAUCAGCUGAAGCCGUAAAUAAAACUAUUUAUUGGACAAAAGUAGGAGCUGAAUUAACUAAAACAGUUUAUCAAAAAGAAGGUUUCGCACCACCAUCAAUAAAGCAAUUUGAAACAACUUAUCAAAAUUUAUUUAAAUUUUUAAAAUCUCCAAAAGAACAAGAGAAAUUCAUUAAUGAAUAUAAAAAUUAUAGACCUGAUACAAAAUCACUUGUACAAUUUGGAGUAUAUGGUAUACAUUUAGCUGGUUUUUUUGCAGUUGGUGAAAUAAUUGGAAGAAGAAAAUUUUUUGGUUACCCAAAAUUUGGUAACUCUAGUCAUCAUUAA